AAUACUUACGGUGCUGUGGUUGGUUCUGGUCUAAAAAGGUUCAACCAAUUUUUUUGCAGCUUACUGUCUGUGGCUCCGUAAUUAAUUGUAGCUAGCAGUCUCUUAUCGACGUGUUUUAAAAGAACAUGAAGUAGUUGUUGUUUUUAUUAUAGGAGCUGCCAGCGUACGAGAUUGAGAUCCAACUGUGCUGCUGUUGUUGUCAUUUUACCUUGCGUGUGAUGUUGGAUAUGGGAGAACGAAAAGAAGUGAAAAUGAUUCCGAAAUCAUCGUUCAGUAUAAACAGCCUCGUACCAGAAGCCGCUCAGAGUGAUAACCACCAUAGAUCGCUUGACGAAGAGGAAAAGAUUCCUUUACCUGACCCAGGACAGGACUUGAAGUCGGAAAGUCUUUCCUGCAAAAAUGAUAAUUCUUCACCCGAAUCAACAUGCACAGACGAGAAGGAAAAACAGGAAGAGAAAAAGGAUUGCAAAGAAGGGGAUGGUGGGAAGGAGGGAGACAAGAAAAAUGGCAAGUAUGAGAAACCACCUUUCAGUUACAAUGCUUUAAUAAUGAUGGCCAUCAGGCAGAGUCCGGAGAAGCGGCUCACCCUGAACGGUAUUUAUGAGUUCAUCAUGAAAAAUUUUCCAUAUUAUCGAGAGAACAAGCAGGGUUGGCAGAAUUCCAUCAGGCAUAACCUCAGUCUAAACAAAUGUUUCGUUAAAGUCCCGCGGCAUUACGAUGACCCUGGUAAGGGGAACUACUGGAUGCUUGACCCCUCCAGCGACGACGUAUUCAUCGGCGGGACAACAGGCAAACUUCGCAGGAGAUCGACCACCUCUAGGGCCAAGUUGGCGUUUAAACGAGGCGCUCGCCUCACUUCCACUGGACUGACAUUUAUGGAUAGGGCUGGCUCUUUAUACUGGCCAAUGUCACCGUUUCUUUCGCUACAUCAUCCGAGGGCGAGCAGCGCGUUAAGCUAUAAUGGAACAACUUCAGCUUACCCAAGUCACCCUAUGUCUUACAGUACAAUGUUGACUCAAAAUAGUUUGGGGAACAACCACUCUUUCCCUGCUUCUAAUGGCUUAAGUGUCGAUAGACUUGUGAAUGGAGAAAUUCCUUACGCCACUCACCACCUCACGGCAGCAGCCUUGGCCGCCUCUGUGCCAUGUGGUCUGUCUGUGCCCUGUUCUGGCACAUACUCUUUAAACCCAUGUUCCGUUAACCUGCUUGCCGGACAGACUAGUUACUUUUUUCCUCACGUCCCCCAUCCAUCAAUGACUUCUCAAAGCAGCACAUCAAUGACGGCCCGGGCCGCUUCUUCCAACUCACCGCAGGCACAGUCAUCCCUCCCAUGUGAAUCCUUAAGACCAUCUCUGCCAAGCUUCUCCUCGGGACUUUCCGGAGGACUUUCCGAUUACUUCACACAUCAAAAUCAAGGGUCUACUUCAAACCCACUUAUACACUAACAAACAUCCACAGGAUCAGACUGUAAGUGAACAUUUUACACACAUUUACAUUGUAAAAUAUAUAAAGGGGAAAGUAAACAAAGAAAAAAACGAAAGCAACUGAAUUCCAGGUAUUUUUUAUUAAGAUUUCCAAUUUCUUUCUAUACACAUACGUCUAGUGUCGGGGGUUGUUUAUUAUCCACUGUCUGCAACGUGCAAUGUGAGAAGAAAAAAAGCGAAGAUUAAACGUAGGUUUUGGAAGGCAGUAUAAUUACCGUAGAAUGUGUAUUUAAAUUGUGAUUUCAGAUUUAUCUAAUUUUAAUAUAAAAUAUCUACUACCAUCAGUUCAACCGCCAGAUGUCCAUGUUUGCAGUAUUAUCACGUAUCAUGAUUGCUCUGGUGGAUUAUGAUUUUGCUAAAUUAAACACUAAUUUGUAUUGUUAUUUUCAAAUAAAUGUGUUUUGAAAGUACAGUAAGAACGCCCGUACUCAAACCAUGGCUUUUUGUUAUUUUGUCCUUUUCCUAUAAUCAAAUAAAUACAUGAAGAAACAUUCCUUUACAAUUUUGUUCUUAUUAUUGUUACUUUUUAGACCAAAGACUGGAUUUAGAAAUACUCGAGUUAUUUGAGUAUUAAAUAACACCUAGACGAAUCGUUACUGAAGGGGACAAAAUCAAUGAAUGCCUUUAGCUUGUGUUGUGCAUAUUUUAAUGUAUGUGGUCACGACCAGGUCACAUUUCUUUUUGUAAUUAGAAAAAUGUUAAAGCCUAUUGUGAUUAUAGGUUAACUUUGCGAACGUGUAACUCGUGUUGAGUAAAUGCCUUAUAAGGUACUGAGUGAUUGUUAAUGUCGUCUUUAAAUUUCAUGAUUGUGAUAUUGUGGUCUUAUGCCCGUGUUUGUCGCUUUACCGAACAAAAUAAAACAAUAGGUUACGUCCAUUUA